GAGUAUAAGCUGGCUGUCGCGAGCCGAACCUCUGCCACUCCUCUGACUCACACAGUCACACGCAUAGAGGCAGGUGUGUGUGGGUGUGUGGGUGCGCGCGUGUGUGUCUAGCAGCGCACAUACCUCAGCAGCAGGUCGGACAAAUCCUGCAGCAUUUUGGAUUCAUUUUUUAAAAUAUAUAUUCAAAACACCGCCAUCAUGUUGUGGACGGCGAGUCAAGUCUUAAGGAGAUUCUCCACCUCAUCCAAUUCCUACCAGAAUAAGCUUAAGCUCGCAAUAAUAGGCCAGAGCCUGUUCGGCCAGGAGGUGUACAGCAACCUGAGGAAGCAGGGUCACAAGGUGGUGGGCGUGUUCACGGUCCCUGACAAGGACGGCAAGGCCGACCCCCUUGCGGCGGCGGCGGAGAAGGACGGGACGCCGGUGUUCAAGUUCUCGCGGUGGCGGCUCAAGGGGAAGCCCAUCACGGAGGUUAUGGAAGCCUACAAGGCGGUGGGUGCCGAGCUCAACGUCAUGCCCUUCUGCUCCCAGUUCAUCCCCAUGAACGUCAUCGAUGACCCCAAGCACGGCUCCAUCAUCUACCACCCCUCCAUCCUGCCCCUGCACAGAGGAGCUUCGGCCAUCAACUGGACCCUGAUCCACGGCGAUAAGAAAGCUGGAUUCACAGUGUUCUGGGCCGACGACGGCCUGGACACCGGACCCAUCCUGCUGCAGAGGGAGUGUGCUGUGGAGCCCAACGACACCGUGGACACCCUCUACAACCGCUUCCUCUUCCCAGAGGGCAUCAAGGCUAUGGUGGAGUCGGUGCAGCUCAUAGCUGACGGGAAGGCCCCUCGGAUUCCCCAGACAGAGGAAGGAGCGAGCUACGAGGGCAUUCAGAAGAAGUCCAACUCCAAGGUCAACCUGGCCCAACCGGCCGGGGCCAUCCACGACUGGAUCCGCGGCCAUGACAAAGUCCCCGGUGCCUGGACCGUCGUUGAUGGUCAGUCUGUGACCCUGUACAACUCGUCUAUGCUGAGGGGGUCUGUACCUGCCGGUCAGUCCCUGGAGAUUGAGGGGGCGUCCCAGCCCGGCCUGGUCACCAAGAACGGCCUUGUGCUGUACGGAAGCGACGGGAAAGCCCUCCUGGUGAAGAACCUGCAGUUCGAAGACGGGAAGAUGAUCACUGCCUCGAAAUACUUCUCCUCCGGAGAAAGCUCCAGCGUGGAGCUGACCGAUGAUGAAAAGAAGAUGGCGGAGGAGAUCAGGAACAUCUGGAAGGGCAUCCUCAGCAAUGUCACAGCCAUUGAGGACACCACAGACUUCUUCAAGUGUGGAGCCGCCUCCAUGGAUGUGGUCAGGCUGGUGGAGGAGGUGAAGCAGAAGUGCGCCAGCGUCCAGCUGCAGAGCGAGGACGUGUACAUGGCUACCACCUUCCGGGACUUCAUCCAGAUGUUUGUCCGCAAGCUGAGAGGGGAGGACCAGGAGGAGGAGCUGGUCAUCGACUAUGCAACAAGAGAAAUAAACAACAUGACAGUGAAGAUGCCAAACCAGUGUUUCAUCAACGGAAAGUUUGAAGAUGCAGAAAACGGCAAGGUCUACGACACCAUCAACCCUACUGACGGAUCAGUGAUCUGCAAGGUGUCCUUUGCCUCGGUGGGGGAUGUGGACCGGGCGGUAGCGGCUGCCAAAGAAGCUUAUUAUAACGGACCCUGGGGCAGGAUGAACCCUAGAGACAGAGGGAGUCUGCUUUACAAGCUGGCAGACCUGAUGGAGGAACACCAGGAGGAGCUGGCCACCAUCGAGUCCGUCGACUCAGGAGCUGUGUACACGCUGGCCCUCAAGACCCAUGUGGGUAUGUCCAUCCAGACCUUCCGAUACUUUGCCGGCUGGUGCGACAAGAUCCACGGCAAGACGAUCCCUAUCAACCAGGCCAGGCCCAAUCGCAAUCUGACCUUCACCAAGAGAGAGCCUCUGGGUGUGUGUGCCAUCAUCAUCCCGUGGAACUAUCCUCUCAUGAUGCUGGCGUGGAAGAGCGCCGCCUGCCUCGCAGCGGGAAACACGCUCGUUCUCAAACCCGCGCAGGUCACUCCGUUGACGGCGCUGAAGUUUGCCGAGCUGUCGGUGAAAGCCGGCAUUCCGAAAGGAGUCAUAAACAUUUUGCCAGGCUCAGGUGGUAUGGUGGGACAACGUCUGUCCGACCACCCGGACAUCCGCAAGCUGGGUUUCACUGGCUCCACACCCAUCGGCAAACAGAUCAUGAAGAGCUGUGCGCUCAGCAACCUGAAGAAGGUUUCUCUGGAGCUGGGGGGGAAGUCACCUCUCAUCAUCUUCGGUGACUGCGACAUGGACAAGGCUGUUCGCAUGGGCAUGAGCUCCGUGUAUUUCAACAAGGGGGAGAACUGCAUCGCUGCCGGACGUCUGUUUGUGGAGGAGUCCGUUCACGAUGAGUUCAUCAGCCGAGUGGUGGAAGAGCUCAAGAAGAUGAAGAUUGGAGACCCACUGGAUCGCUCCACGGACCACGGACCACAGAACCACAAAGCCCACCUGGACAAGCUGCUGGAGUACUGCGAGGUCGGGCUGAAGGAGGGAGCGACGCUGGUGUACGGAGGGAAGCAGGUGGACAGGCCAGGUUUUUUCAUGGAGCCCACAGUGUUCACUAAUGUGGAGGACCACAUGUUCAUCGCCAAAGAGGAGUCAUUCGGCCCCGUCAUGGUGGUGUCCAAAUUCAAAGAUGGCGACGUGGACGGCGUGCUGCAGAGAGCCAAUGACACGGAGUACGGCCUGGCCUCGGGCGUGUUCACCCGCGACAUCAACAAGGCCAUGUACGUGAGCGAGCGGCUUGACGCCGGAACGGUAUUCGUCAACACCUACAAUAAGACCGACGUGGCUUCACCUUUUGGGGGCUUCAAACAGUCCGGCUUCGGCAAAGACCUCGGAGAGGAUGCUCUCCUGGAAUAUCUCAAGACCAAAGCAGUGACUGUGGAGUACUGAGGCACAAACUCCCAACAACCUCUGACCCACAUCUGAACAAGAAGGGACUCGUCUGUCUGUUUGUCAGACAUCCAGCUUCAUUCAGCAUUGCUUCUGGACUGUGUGUGUGUGUGUGUGUGUGUGUGUGUGUGUGUGUGUGUGUGUGUGUGUGUGUGUGUGUGUGUGUGUGUGUGUGUGUGUGUGCACUGUAUGAAUGAGAGCCACAGUUUGGACUACGUGCCUGUCUUUUCUUGGCUUUCCGUGUAAAAAGUCACAUCAUGGACAAAGGGACACGUGUGGUUUACACCCGUCUGGGUAUCUUACAUAGAACCCUGAGUUGGACACCUGAUGGGAGCCGAGCUGGUUCUGACUAUUUUCAAGGUUUCAGUUCCAUAAGAGUGUGUUUUACAUUAAAACACAGUUUUCAAUCUCAAACCUGUUUUCCCGUCAUCAUCAAUCAUGUUAAGCAGUUCUGUUAAAGAUUAGAAAAUCAUCUGAAAUCAGUCCUUUCUCAUCCACUUGUAAUGCUGCCUUCAUCAUUCCUUUCAUAUUUCUGUUUCCUCUUGAACAGCUUUUCGUCUGUUGUGUUUCGUACCAGAAAAUAGACAAAGUUCUUAGUUUAUGGAUAUAACUCAUCAGCACAUGGAUGUGAAUGUUGAAGCUUGUGUUUAGCUGCCCAUGGGUUGAGUUUUGGAGUAGACAGUGCCCUGCCUAACAGGACUAAACUGGAGAGCUUCAUUCGGUUAGCAAACCAAAUAUAACUACGUAAAGCUGUUGGUGGUCGAGAUUGGUCAUUGACCUGAUGGGAAAACAGGAUUCGGGCCAAAAAGCUAGAGUUACAUUUGAAUCGUUAGUCCAUAUCAAAGCAGUUUGUGAAAAUAAUCUUAGCUCAAGGUCCACUUACCAGGUUUUUUCACUGAAAGGUUUUAAACCGCGUGACAGGUGUUGAACACGGCGUUGUGGUUUUGUUGCUUAAACCUAACUUUAGUUUUUAACGAAAUGUCGUCCCGAAAAGAAAAAGUUGUUCUGAAUGACACAAUUCGAGCCCCUCUACCCGACACCAAUAGAUUGCAUUUUGUGACUAUUUCAUAAACUGCAGUGAGACUGUGUUGAUAGUUUUCAUCAACGGUACAGUCCAGCAUCACUGCAACAAGGUGAGAAGUUAAACCUCUGGAGGUCAGCAACAAGAUUCUCAGGGGGUGUUACUGUCUAAUAUUAUUUUGUUAGACUGUUUUUAAGGUAAAGAAUGAACUUUCACACUCGCAUAAAAACAAACUGGUAGCCGUAGAAAAAAGGGAUUGUUGACACUUUAUUGAUUGGUUAAAGUCUUAAUAAGGACUGACUUCAUGACAGCCAAAUGCAAGUUGAAGAACCGUACUUUUAGAAUGAUUUCUUCCUCGUUAGGUAGAUUUUACUUCUGUAUACAAAUCAUCAUUCAGAGACUUGAAACUUGGUUACGAUAAGUAAUCCAUUCGUUAACAUUUAGCCACUGUUAUAUUUCAUUUUGUAUGACUAUUUAUCAUUUUCAUUGAAGUGUUUGGCAGCUGUGACAUCCAGUACUUGAGAUUUCCAUUGCUUCAUAGCAUCACAUUCACACGUUAUGUCGUGAGGAGAUCUAGUUUAACACUUAGCAAUGGUAAAUGCAAAUAGUUUGAUUAAAAUGUUUGUAUGACAGACGGUCCUCAAACCUCAGAGGAGCUUUUAAAGGCUUAGCGUCACCACAUGAUGAAAAAAAGAUGUGAUUCACUGUCUCAGGCAUGUUUCAGAUUGUGUUAGUAAUGGCUCUCCUUUGAAGUCUGAACUUUGGGUCAGAAUGGAAUAUUGUUCAUCAGUAUUUUAUUGCCCCUACAUCGAGCUACGGUGCCACUACAUUCUCCUCCCAUCACACACACUCAAGAUGUUUACAUCAUGUCCUCGCUGCUGUCUGCUCCCACAUCACUUUAGACAUUCAGUCUCUUCCCUUUGGUAAAUUGGACCUUUUUUUGUAAAUAUUUUUUAACAAUGGAGGGAAAAUGAUUUGAUAUAUUUUUGUCAGACAGAGGAAGACUGUAUGUUUAAACACUAUAUUAUAUCUGUUAAAGACACACCAGCUAGAUGUUCUUUUAUGGAAGGGAUUGUGUACAUCGAGCUUAUUACACGGCUGCUUAUUAAAGAAAUCAAUCAUUUCAUUCAAAUAUGGAUUUUAAAAAUAUUUUAUUGCUUUUAAAAAUAAUUGUAUUGCUUCCGCGAAACAGAAACAGUCCUAUCGCUGUGUACUUGGAUCAGAACUGCGUCCAGAACAACGGUCUGUUAUUCACGGCAUUGGUCUGCUAUACAGAAAUAACAGAUCGUAGAAGGCCCCACAUUUCGACCAAUCAGAAUGGAGUAUUCAACAAAGCCGCGUAAUAAGCAUCACUACUGUGAGGAAGUUGUGAAAUGAGUUUUCUAUCUCUCACAGUAUCAGUAGAGGCAGCAAGGGCUAAGAAGCAAGUGUUUGUUUUGACCUGUUGCUUCAAUACACAGCAUGUCUUCAGCCAGUAAUGUCAUACGACGGUGAAUAAAGUUUGAUUUGAAUUUGA